AUGUACUGGAACUCCCUCCCCUUCCUUUUUGCUACCAAAGACAUCAACCAGAAUACCGAAUUCUUACCUAACAUUAGCCUGGGUUAUAAUAUCUAUGAAAAUUUCUUCAAGUCAGAAAUGACUACAAAUCCUUUGCUGGAUCUGCUUUCAGAUGGGGAGGCCAGUGUUCCCAACUACAGGUGUGGAAGGCAGAGAAACACAGUGGCUGUUCUGGAGGAGGCAGAGACUGGUAUCUCCAUCCAGAUUUCAACCAUGUUGGGCACCUACAAAAUCCCCCAGAUCAGUUACAGUUUUGUUUCCCAGAUCUUGAAGGAUAAAACUCAGUUUCCUUUCUUCUACCCAAUGCUCCCUGCUGAAGGAGUCCAGUACCCAGGGAUGGUCAAGCUACUCCUCUAUUUCCAGUGGACCUUGGUUGCUCUCCUUGCCCCAGAAACUGAUCAAGGGGAGAGGUUCAUGAGGACGAUGUCUUCUUUGAUGUUAAGGAAUGGCAUUUGUGCAGUUAUACAUCAAAGUUUUACACUGAAUUUGGUUGAUGUAGUUUCUUCACUUAAAAAAUAUCGCAAGUGGAGAGGAGUCAAUGUCUUUGUUUAUGGUUCACAGUCUAAUUCAUUUGCAGUUGGAAUGAUGUUGAUAGAAGGCUUAUUGAAAAACUUUCAGGAACCUAUUGUAGAAAAAGUCUGGAUCACCACAGCUUAUUGGGAUCUGAGUCUUGAUAUGAUGUUUGAGGUUGUUGACAUUAAAUACUUUGGCAGCAUUUUUUCCUUUCUGAUGCCAAAAAGGAAAUGGGCCAAUUAUGAUGCAGUUUCCACCCUUUAUUCAUCCAUACUUAACUUUAUGAAGAAAUCCUUUGCAUGUACAUCCGCUAAGGAUGGCUUUUCAGUAAAAAUCUGGAGACGGUGCAGGCAGAGGAAAGAACUGGUGGGUCUGAGGGAAGAGGAGAUCGAUCAGGUCCUGGCUAUGGACAGCUAUCUCAAGUACAAUGCCAUUUGGGCUGUGGGAAGAGCCUUAAAUUCAGCUUAUAUCUCCACAUCCAAGAGAUCAAAGAGGAACAGGGCUAUAAAGCUUCACUCCUUCCUUCAAGGCUCUCAGUUCCAGAAUAAUUCCAUAGAUGGGGUGUAUUUGGAUGAGAAAGGAGACCUGACAGCUGACCUGGACUUUGUGAACUGGAUGGUUUUCCCCAACAGUUCUGUCAAGAGAGUAAAAUGUGGGAGUCUAGAAAAAGGGACAUCCCAGGAUUUUAAAGUUCUCAUUGACCAAAAGAGCAUCGUCCAGGUGGAAAUGCUGAAAAUGUGUGGAAAGCUGUCGCCCUGGGUUCAUGAAGGUGGCUCAGGAAGGGAAGCCCAUCUGCUGCUACGAUUGUCGUCCUUGUGCAGAAGGAUCCAUCACCACCACGGAAGAAAAGCACCCAAACAUUAUUGGAAAUUUGUGCCCUUCGUUUUUGCAACUGAGGACAUCAACCAGAGUGACCAUAUCUCACCCAACAUCACCCUGGGUUAUAAUAUCUAUGAAAAUUUCUUCAAGGUAGAGAUGACUACAGACCCUUUGCUGGACCUGCUUUCAGAUGGGGAGGCCAAUGUGCCCAACUACAGGUGUGGACGGCAGAGAAACACAGUGGCUGUUCUGGAAGAGGCCGAGACUGGCAUCUCCAUUCAAAUUUCAACCAUGUUGGGCACCUACAAAAUCCCUCAGAAAAAGAAAUGGGCAAACUACGAUGCUAUGCAUCUUUUUCAUACAUCCAUGCAUAACUUUGUGAAGAAAACUUUCAAAUGUUCAUCCACUAAGGAUGCCUUUUCAAUGAAAGUCUGGAGGCGGUGCAGACAGGAAGAAGAGCUGGGGGCUCUGAGAAAAGAGGAGAUUGAUCGGGUUCUGGCUCUGGACAGCUAUCUCAUUUACAACACCAUCUGGGCUGUGGGAAGGGCCUUAAAUUCAGCUUAUAUCUCCACAUCCAAAAGAUCAGUGAGGAACCUGGGCAUGAAGGUAGAAGAUCCAAGGCUGAAGGUGUGGCAGUUUCAUUCCUUCCUCCAAAGCCCCCAAUUUCACAAUAAUUCCAUGGAUGGGGUAUAUUUGAAUGAGAAAGGAGAUCUGACAGCUGACCUGGACAUUGUAAACUGGGUAAUUUUUCCCAAUAAAUCUAUCAACAGAGUGAAAUCUGGGAGUCUAAAAAAACGGGUAUCCCAGGAUUUGAAAAUUUUCAUUGACCAGAAGAGUAUCGCACAAGUGGAAAAGCUGAACAAGCCUCUUCCUCCCUCCAGGUGUGUAGAAAGCUGCCCUCCUGGAUUCAUGAAGGUGGCUCAGGAAGGGAAGCCCAUCUGCUGCUACGACUGUCUUCCCUGUGCAGAAGGAACCAUCUCCACCAUGGAAGAUGCUGAAAAAUGCACCAGAUGUCCAGCACAUCAGCAUCCAAACAUCAACCGAGUUGAAUGCAUUUCAAGGAUUGAAACUUUCUUAUCAUAUACACAAAAACUGGGGAUCAUCCUAACUUCCAUCGCCUUGUUCCUCUCUUUAGCCACAGCCUUUGUCUUGGGGAUCUUCAUUAGAUUCAUGGAAACUCCCAUAGUCAAAGCCAACAAUCGGGACCUCUCCUACAUCCUCCUGGUCUCCCUCCUGCUUUCCUUCUUGACAUCCUUUCUAUUCAUUGGCCAGCCAAAAACUGCCACUUGUCUUCUCAGACAAGCAGCUUUCAGCAUCAUCUUCUCAAUUGCUGUAUCUUCAAUCCUGGCCAAAACAAUCACAGUGGUGUUAGCUUUCUUCGCCACAAAACCAGGGAAUAAGAUGCAAAGAUGGCUGGGGAAGAGCUUGGCCAACUCCAUUAUCCUUUCUAGCUCUGGUGUCCAAGUUGUCAUCUGCAGCAUCUGGUUGGGCACCUCUCCUCCAUUUCCUGAUAUUGACAUGCACUCACAAUCUGCGGAGAUCAUCCUGCAAUGUAAUGAUGGCUCUGUUGCCAUGUUCUACCUUGCCCUUGGCUACAUGGGUUUGCUGGCGGCCAUCUGCUUCAUAGUGGCUUUCCUGGCCAGGAAUCUACCUGGGGCCUUCAAUGAAGCCAAGCUCAUCACCUUCAGCAUGAUGGUCUUCUGCAGUGUCUGGGUAUCUUUUGUACCCUCCUACUUAAGCACCAAAGGGAAAUACAUGGUGGCCGUGCAAAUUUUUUCUAUCUUGGCUUCCAGUGCUGGUCUGCUCUGCUGCCUCUUCAUCCCCAAGUGCUACAUUAUUUAUUUAAGACCAGAUCUGAACACCAAAGAAUAUUUGAUGUCAAAAUAA